AUGGCAUCAGCAUCAUUAUUUGAACAAUUAACCAGCAGUGUAUCACUCUCUAUGCUGGCUAUUGUUUCUGUAGCUAUUUUAGUUUUAUUAUUAAUAUAUACUGUUGCUUGUCGAAUUUUCUUCUCCACAUCAAAAUCAAAAACAUCAACUUCAAAACAACAUUCAAAUAAAGAUAAAAAAUCAAAGGAAUCUAAUACAAUUAAAAAACAACAAGGUGAUAUAGCAUCUAAUAAUAAGAAAAAAACUAAUAAAAUAAAAAAAAAUGUACUUCCGGUUUCAUCAACAUCAUUACCAAAUACACAAUCUGAAGAAAGUGAAAAUGAAAAAACAACAUUAGUUGAAUCCUCAAAAAAAUCAACAUCACCUAUCAAAACAUCAGCAAGUAAAAAAGUAGCUGUUAUCGAUGAAAAUAAUAAGAGUAAUACUUCAACAAAUGUAAUUAAAACAUCAUCAACUAAACAACAACAACCAUCGAUACGCACUGAAAAUGUUAAAGAAUCAACUGGAGGACAAAGUGAAGAUAAUAAAAACAAACAAGUGAAAACUAAUGCAACACCUACAUCAGCUAAUACUACCGUUGCAUCUAACAAACAAAAACCAUCAGGAAAACAGUCUAAACGUAAUUUGACUGUCGAUGGUGAAGCUGGUAGUGAUCAAGAAGAUGAAGGACAAUGGCUUACACAAAGCAGUAAACAGGUUAAUCAUCGUAAUCGAAAUAAAGGCAAAACUGAACCCUCCAAUACUAAUAAUCAACCAUUAUCAAAUCAUAAUGUCGUAUCAGAACAACGAUCAAUGCCAACAAUAUCGAAUAGCAAUAUAUCAUCAUCAAUAAAUAACAAUGAGUUAAAUGUUGAAACAACACCACCAUUAAUAGAUAAUUCAAUAUCAUCAAUUGAAAAUUCCGAACCAAUUGAAAUUUGUCAAUUAUUACCAACAACGGAAAAUCUUUAUACAUCUAACGAUAACUGGUGGAAACAAGCAUUAAAUAAACAACAAACAUUUUCUAUUGAUGAUAUUGGUGAAUGGCCUGAACAUGAACAAGAUGAACAAUAUAUUGUUCAAAUAAAACGAAUUAUACCUAUUAAAAAAUUAAAUGAAAAACAAAAUUCUGAUGAUGUAUAA